ACUGAUAGCCUCUGCUAUUCCUACCCAGGAGUCAAUUCUUGUAUUCAUCUUGAACUGGAUAUCACACCCCUGCACUGUUCGAGAAAAUGUCACUCAUAUCAAAAGCGAAAGUGAUAGCAAAACAAAAGUGAUAAUUAAUCAGAAAGUGAAAAUUUACACCACAGUUAGGGGAAAAGACUCAUCCACUUUUCCCAGAUCUUCCCCGAUGGAUUUAAUCCACGAUUACGAGCAGCAGUACGCCGUCCUAACGGCGGAAAUAACUGCCCAGAUUGGCCGCCUUAGCACGUCCUCAGGAGCCAACACAGCCGAACGGAACAAACUGAUAGCGGAUGUCGAUCGGCAACUGGAGGAAUCCCAAGAGCUGCUAGAACAGAUCGGCCUGGAGAUCCGGGACAUUCCGCAAGCGAACCGACCGGGUUACACCUCGCGACUGAACUGCUACCAGGCCGAGUGGAAACGGCUUCAGCAGGAAUUCACCAAUGCCAAGAGGGACCGAUCCAGCAGCAAUAAGGGAGCGGCGGGCGGGUACGAUUCGGUAGAUGAGUUUGACGAAAUUGGCAUCCAGGAGGAUCAGAAACGACGGUUGCUGGACAAUAGCGAACGGUUGGAGCGGACGGGUAACUAUCUGAAGGACAGCUACCGGGUCGUGUUGGAAACGGAACAGAUCGGGACCCAGGUGCUGCAGGAUUUGAGCGAACAACGAGAGACGAUCCAGCGGGCGAGGGGACGGCUGCGUGAAACCGAUGCCGAGCUGGGCCGAUCGUCGAGACUGCUGAAUUCGAUGAUGAUGCGAGCCAUGCGGGAGAAAAUCGUGCUGAUUGGCGUGGCGGUCGCGAUAUUCCUUGUCCUGUUUCUAAGUAUUUACUUCUCGAUUUCGUCGGAUUAGGGGGGCAAGAGCAGCGCAUCUGUCGACUGUGUGAUUAUGUAUUAUACGAAGUCACGUACUAGACUAUAUUUUAUUUAGUUAUCAACCUGACCGAGCUGUGUAUGGUUUUAGACUAACGUUAAGCCUUAUUGUUUCCUGUAAGAGAUUGACUAUACUUUAUCAUCCUUGAAUAAAUGCAUAAACAUUCCUGAAAACA